AUGUCAGCUUCGCAGCUGCCGCCUCUGCCACUUCCAGACGGCAUAACCGAAAACUAUGUUCACUGCCCAUCCAACGGAAUCACCUUUCACAUGAUCGAAGCUGGCUAUACGCCAAGGCAACAUAAGCCUCUCAUCGUUCUCUGCCACGGUUUUCCUGAACUCGCCUUCUCCUGGAGAAAGGUAAUGGUGCCUGUAGCAGACGCCGGCUACCAUGUCGUUGCAUUCGACCAGCGAGGCUACGGAAGGACCACUGGUUGGGACAAUUCAUCAUUCAUCAAUACCAAUUUGUCGCAAUUUGCUAUGACUAAUGUCGUCCGCGACGUCGUUACCCUGGUCAACGCCUUGGGUCAUCGCGAAGUCAAGUGCAUCGUCGGCCAUGACUUUGGAGCUGUGACUGCUAGCAUGUGCGCUUUGAUGCGCCCGGACUUUUUCAAGAGCGUUGUAAUGAUGAGCCACCCAUUCAAGGCUCCUGCGCCCCUUCCGUUUAACACAGCUCGAGCUGAGCGACAAAUGGACGCCUCUGCACCGCCACUUGAUGUCCAUGCUGAGCUGGCAAGCCUAGCUGAGCCAAGAAAACACUACAAGUGGUACAACAGUACUAGUGUAGCAGCGCAAGACUGGGCUAACCCUACCCAAGGUUUGCAUGAGUUUCUAAGAGGAUACAUUCAUGUCAAAUCAGCCGACUGGAAACAGAAUGAGCCCCACCCCUUGGAGAGCUGGACGGCCCAAGAGCUGGCAAGAUUACCUUUCUACUACAUUAUGCCGCUACGCCUAUCCAUGCCUGAAACCAUUGCUAACAUGAUGGCUGGCCAGGACACGUCGGCGACCAAGUCAUGGAUGCCCGACCAGGACCUUGCAGUUUACGUGGAAGAAUGGUCUCGAACAGGUUUCCAGGGUGGCCUCAACUACUAUCGCAUAACCACUGAUCCGGAUCGUAUGAAGGAUUUAGAGCUUUUUGCAGGCAAGAAGAUCGAGUGCCCAAGCACCUUCAUCUCAGGCGCAAACGACUGGGGGAACUAUCAGCAACCCGGGGCCAUUGAGUCUUAUCCGCAUUCUUGUUCCGACUUCCGAGGAAAUCAUUUCAUCAAAGGCGCAGGUCACUGGCCGCAGCAAGAGCAGCCAGAGAAAGUUGUGCAAGAAUUACUGGCGUUUCUCAACGGUCUCUGA